AUGUCUUCUUGCUCUGGUAACCCCGCCAACUGUGGCUUCUGUGGCACCACCCAGGCCGACUGUGCCAAGACUGAAGUCCAGGGCUGCACCACCAAGUCUGCCGAUUGCACUGUCUGCAACGGCCACGGAUGUGCCGCUGUCCAAUGCACUGGUAACACUGCGACCUGCCCUACUUGCAAGGACUCUUUCUCCUCCUGCAGGAAGGCUCAGUUCUCUGCCACUGAGGGUAUUGAGCCCGCCAGGCGACCUGCCCCUUCUGCCUAA